GAUGCACACUGGCUAAGCCACAGUCUCAGCAUCAGCCACAGAGACACAAGACAAGCGGACUCAGAACCGGACUUCUGGACAUGAACAUCAAGUAUUCAUUUACCCAUGUGGAGAACGAAACAGACUUUUUCAAUAUAAUUUUAAUGUAUUUGUAAACAAAUGCAAAAUUCAGUUUCAUUUACUUUAGAGGAGACACAAGGAAUAUAGAUGGGAAGCGUGCGCAACACCAGAUCAUAGAGGGGCAACUGGGGCCAUCAGAACCGAGCUGUGUCACAGGGCCAUCAGGAUCUAGCCGUGUCACAGGGCCAUCAGAACCGAGCCGUGUCACAGGGCCAUCAGGAUCUAGCCGUGUCACAGGGCCAUCAGGAUCUAGCCGUGUCACAGGGCCAUCAGAACCGAGCCGUGUCACAAGGCUGAUGAACAGUUUAGUGCUGGGUCAUGAUCCACUGAUCAGACGUGUGGUACCUUACUAAGGUGACCAGGAGCAGCAUGGGCCCACUGUCCCUUGCAGCAAGUGCAUCUCUGUGUUGCCUACUGGGGACAUUAGCACUCGCUGGGGGCUGCCCCGCUGCAUGUGUCUGUGCGGGCACGGAUGCCGUGUGCAAUGACCAGGGUAUAGCCUCCUUACGCUACAUGAUGGACCAGCUACCCAAAGACAUCUCCGUCCUCCAGCUUUCAAGAAACAACCUCAGCACUCUGGAGCCUGGGGCCUUCUCCAGUGUGGCCAGCCUACAGAGCCUUGACCUGUCCAGCAACAACAUCUCUGUGCUGCACGUGAGAGCAUUUGCCAAUCUGAGCCGGCUCGAGCGGCUGGACCUCUCCGGCAACCCCUUACUCGGCAUGCCAGUGGGCAUCUUCAGUGAGCUGGGGAAACUGACCGAUCUGGUCCUGAGCGACGUAGGCCUGUACGCUCUCAGCACCGACCUCCUCCAGGGCCUGACGCAGCUGCGGCGCCUGGAUCUGUCUCUCAACAGACUGACCUCGCUGCCCCGGGGGCUGCUGGGAGGGCUCCAGGAGCUGACCUGGCUCUCGCUGGCCGCCAACAGUCUGCACAGUGUGCAGCGGGCCCAGUUUGAGCACCUGUCAGAGCUGCAGAGCCUCCUCCUGGUGGGCAACCCCUGGGAGUGCGACUGCACUCUGGUGGAGUUCAAGCACUGGCUGGAGUGGAUGCUCUACAGGGGGGGACAGGUGGACGCUCUGGAGUGCAGUCUGCCCAGAGAGCUCUGGGGCCGAGACAUACGGGCAGUCCCGGCCGAGAUGUUCAGCCACUGCACCCGCGACAGCUCACUGCCCUGCUUCAGGGCCCCAGAUGGUCAGGAGCCGGGGGGCGACGAUGGGGCCGCCGACUGUGUGCGCCAGCGCUACCGGGCCGUGAGCGUGCGGCGGGCAGCAGCCACAGUGGUGGUGGCCGGCGUGGUGUGCAGCGUGGUGUGCGUCAUGAUGGUGGUGGCGGCCACCUACGGCUGCGUCUACGCUUCGCUGGCCGCCAAGUACCAGAGGGAGAAGAAGGGCAAGGCGCACAAGCCGCCGUCAGAUGGCGGCGAAGAGAAGGACCCAGAGCAGGAGGAGAAGAGCGAGCUCCUGCCCGACGUGGCGCGAGAGACAGAGGUGACCGCGCCUGCUGUUGAGGUAGUGUUGUCACGAGAGGUGUGUGUCUGACUGGUGGGACAUCAUCAUUGUCACUGUUUUUUGCCAACCCUCUGAAAAAGAAGGAGCUGCACCCACCAUUCCUUCCUCUCUAACAGAAAUAGACAGUCUGGUUUUUACACCUGAUGUCCUCUUGUAUCUUGUGCUAUUGUCGUCCAUCUUAUUGUCCUGAAGUUGGCUUAAUAAAUACGUCAUAUUAUUAUUAUUAUAAUAAGAUGCAAGUACUGUUGUCUGAGAAGAUAUAUUUAGGACUCUACAAUAACAAACUAUGAAUUAUUGUACAAGAGAAGGGAGAAUGGCAUGCUCUUUUCAUGAAAAGAACAAUCAGUGUAGGACUUAUGGAACUGUAUGAUGGUACCGUAUAGUGGGAAGUGAACCUAAUAUGGGACUCUAUGGGGGGGAGUGACAGUUUUCCAUUCCAAUGUGUCAAUAUGAUAAUGUCACUUCAUAGAUCAUGGGCUGUCUCAGUUCCAAUAGAAGGGGUUGACAACUAUAACUUUGGAGGCCGAAACACAUAGAAAUCUUUUUAAAAAUGAAACAUAUGAAAGGGAAUUGAUUUUAAUUAAACUAAGUUAUCAUCCGUUUGAGUUGCAUUAUCAAACCACUAGUGUAAACAUUUCAUUGUCUCUUAAAGUACACAAUCUGUUUGUUUGUUUGUAUAUGUCUACAAAUAUCAUACUGUGUUUCCCAUACAUUGACUUAUUUGGGGCGGCCCACCACAAUUUCAACAUUGACCACCACACAAUGAUUUUCCAGGUUGUACU